AUUUUCUUUCUCUUUUUUUUCUCAAGAUUUUCUGUUCUCUCUUUUAAUUGUUUUUAAUUUAGAUUUAAUUUUCUUUUAUUAAUUGGAUUGCAUGUUUUUAAUUCUAACACUAUGAGUUCCCUUCAGCAUGCGAAAGAAAAUAAUUACAAUCAAUUCACGAGAUUAAUUGACUCUUUGGAAGAUCGGUAUAAGUUGAAUGAAGGUGAUGCCAUUGUUGACAUUAAUAGUUUACAAGUUGUUAGGACCAGAAGUGGUCGUGUUUCCAAACCAAGAAUUACCCCUAAAUCAAAACCCGCUGCGACUUCGAGUGUAUCAAAGUCAAAAAGAGGUCGAAAACAAUCGACUGGAACUACCAGACAAUCAACUGGAUCAUCGAUUCCACUUUCACAAUCAACUCAAGAUUCUUCUGGCUUUGAAUCAGCUACUUAUGAUUCUCAAGAAGGCUCACCAUUAGAGCCAAAUUUAGUCGUUGCUCAAAGUAUUCUUUUUGAUCGACCAGCACAAUUAGAGGCUACUAAAAAUUUACUCUCAAUCCUGGAAUCAGGAGGACCUUUGAGUAGUAAAACUGCUUCUAAUCUUUAUGAGCGAUUUAGAGUUACUCUUGGACGAGAUGAGCUUCCUAACAAAGCAAGUGUGCGGCCUUUUUUUACCUUUCAUGAAGAUCAUGACAUUGGUGUUACUCUACUUUUCGAUACUCCUGAUCUUACCCCAUGGACUCUCAUUUGUCUCAAAUUUUUCGGUGAAGAAAACCUUGGUUUAUACCAGCAAAUUUAUAGACAUGUCCUUGUAGAAGCAGCAGCAAAAACAAAUAAUGGUUCAGCCAAAAAGAUGAUCACAUCAACACCCACAACACGAUCAUCGGUUAACACACAAAGAUCAGAAUAUCUUGCCGUUGUUGCGGUUCGUCGAAGUGGCGGAUCCAAGCAAAUGGACAUGGAUUCUGAAAGUGAAUUUGGUAAUCAUCUUAAUCAUACUCGUCCUGCAAAUCAACCUGCAGCAAAUAAAUCACCGUCAGGCAUGUCAAGUGCUUAUACCUCGCCAACAUCAAUUCCUGUUUAUCAUCCUUCAAUUGAUAGUAUUGUUUACGAAAAUGACAAGCAACUCGCAUCACUUCAAAAAUUAGCCGAAAUUAUGAGACAAAACGACGAUGAGAGUAAACAAGUGAAAAGAAAAUUAAUCGCUCGAGCUGGUAGAGCAUUGGGACACGAUUCGAUGCCUUAUGGUGAAAACAUUUAUCCAUUUUUCACUUUUCACGAGAAAGGAGAGAUCGGGGUUAGCUUUUUAUUCAACAUCAAAACUCUUAGUCCUUGGACAACCAUUUGUAAACUUUACUUUGGCGGUGAAAUACUUAAUAUAUGCAGUGAUAUUUAUCGAAUGAUGAACCGUCCACAAAUAGAAUCACUCGAAAAAUUGGAACAAUUAGCUAUCAGUUAUCGUCAACAACCUCAACAAUCGAAAAUUUUACGAGCUGCCAUCUCUCAGGUUCACGAUGAAAGAUCAAAGGAAAGUUGCCAAAAGUCAAAUCAACAGCCAUCUAUGAGUACACCAAUAACCCGAUCAUCUAGAGCGUUUUCACCCGUGGUAAUCAACAACACUGCUCCUCCAUAUCGUCGGUCUAUCCCACAAUCUCCAGCCUCAUCAUUAUCAGGAUCAAUUGAAGAUUCACCAAUACCUGAACCGAGAAGAGCUCGAAUGCUUUGCCGAACAACAAGCGUCCGUAGAGUGACACGACCACGGAAAUCAACAGUUCUCGUUGAUAUCAACAAUGGUAACAUCCAAUCAACUGGUAUCGAUUUAGCCUUAACUCCUCCCGCUCUCAAAAAAACACGUCGAUCGACAACCUUCAUGGUUGGAAAAGGUUUCUCAGAACCAAGUUUCGCUCUCGCCAAAUCAGGUCGCAAACCAGCGCUGUCCAGAGUCAAUACCACUCAUCAUCUGUAAUUUUCCAUUAAUCAUCCAAAAUCUAACUCUCUCUCUCUCAUCCAUACACACCACCGAUUCAUCAGGCAUAGUUUUCUAAUUUGAUUUAUCUAAUCAUCGUCAGAAAAUUUUCAUCCUUCCAAUGUUUUUGUAUUAUCUUACUGAAUGUUUAAUAUAUUUAAUUGUUGUGAAUGAUUAAAUAUAUUAUUCUAGUAACUUAUUACAAUUACAUUAUUUUAAUAUAAAGAAAUGUUUACGCUCAUCAAAUUAGAGGAAACUUUUUAAUUAGUGAUUUGACUCUUUCAUUUUUCUUGAAGUAUCAUUACAAAAACAAAGUUUAUCUUAUUACAUUUAAUUAAUUUCUAUUAGGAAUCAAUGUUUCUAUUUGAUUACGAGUGUUUAAUUUGAUGAUUUAAAUUCAUUAAGUAACAAAUCAUAACAGUUAAAUUGUUUCCUUUUUAUGCCAAAAAUUGAGAAUGGAAAAUUAAGUUGAUAGAAUUAACAAUUUAUUCUUAUGACUUUCUUUUCUAAUAUUAUCCAUUUAUGUAACAACAAUUAAUUAAUUUCCAUGUUUGCAUGUUGAUACUCCCAAAUUAAGACAGAACUCGAUUUAAAUUGUGAUAAUCCCUUGACGAUUCCUAUGCUGAUUAAAAUUCCCUUGAUUGAAUAUUUUCUUAAA